GCUCAGUGUCGUGGUGUGGAUUUUACUUGCCACCAGACUGCUAAAAAACUACAGUUGCAAGAUCUGAUUGUCUGAAAUUCGCCCAGACAAAAGAACUUUUACUACUAUGAGAUGAACCCAAGGCCCAAAAUCAGAUCACCUCCUCCCAAUUCCAAAUCCCCCUUCUUCAAUGUUUUACCCAAUUCUUCUUCCUCCUCCUCCCACAAGAUGCCACGCAAAUCCUUUAUCAAACCCACCCUAACCUUGGCUUCCCUCCUCUCCUUCUCCCUCUUUGCCCUCUACUUCGCUUUCUCCUCCCCCAAUUUCUACCUCCAGCAGAAAAUUCAUGAUGGUUACGGCGAUGAUAAGGCGAACAAGGUGAAGGUUUACGUGUACGAUUUGCCCAGGAAGUUUACUUACGGGGUGAUUGAGAGAUACGAGAAGUCCCGGGGAGGUGAGGCUAAAACCGACGAUGCGUUGCUCAAGUAUCCCGGCCACCAGCAUUCUGCCGAGUGGUACUUGUUUAGGGACUUGAAUCGGCCGAGUCGUGACCGAGUUGACUCGGCUGUUGCUCGGGUUUAUGAUCCUGACCAGGCUGAUCUUUUUUACGUCCCGUUCUUCUCGUCACUCAGUCUCGUGGUUAACUUGAAUCGGCCGGGGACUCUGGGUGCGGCGGCUCCGUCGUUGUAUAGUGAUGAGGAAAUGCAGGAAUCUUUAAUAGAGUGGUUGGAAAAUCAGGAGUAUUGGAAGAGGAAUAAUGGGUGGGACCAUGUGUUUAUAUGUCAGGAUCCUAAUGCUUUGUACAAGGUGGUGGAUAGGGUGAAGAAUGGGGUGUUGUUAGUUUCAGACUUUGGGAGAUUGACACACAAUCAGGGAUCACUUGUGAAAGAUGUGAUUUUGCCGUACUCACAUCGAAUUAAUUCAUAUUUAGGCAAUAUUGGGGUUGAGAAUCGUGAUAAACUGCUUUUCUUUAUGGGGAACAGAUAUCGAAAGGAGGGGGGAAAGGUCCGUGACUUGCUGUUCCAACUGCUUGAGAAUGAAGAAGAUGUUAUCAUAAAACACGGUGCACAGUCCAGAGAAUCUCGCAGAGAGGCAACAAGAGGGAUGCACACUUCAAAGUUCUGUUUGCAUCCAGCGGGUGAUACUCCAUCAGCUUGUCGGCUUUUUGAUGCUAUUGUGAGCUUGUGUAUACCUGUUGUUGUAAGCGACUAUAUCGAGUUGCCUUUUGAAGAUGUCAUAGACUACAGGAAAGUUGCAAUUUUUGUCGAUACAAAUACCGCUGUGCAGCCAGGAUACUUAGUGAAAUUGCUCAGGACAGUAAGCACAGAGAGGAUUUUGGAAUUUCAACGGAAUUUGAAGAAGGUUAAGCAUUACUUUGAAUACGAAGAUCCAAAUGGGACAGUGAAAGAAAUCUGGCGCCAAGUAUCACAGAAGCUACCCCUGGUUAAUCUGAUGAAGAACCGUGACAAACGGCUUGUGAAGAGGGAUUUGACAGAACCAGAUUGUUCUUGUCUUUGUUCAAACCAGUCAGGAAUCCAGACGACACUAUGAUUAUUGCCUAUUGGCGAAUUGCGUCACUGGAAUUGUGGCAACUGUACAUCAGCACGGAAGCACCGCCUCUCAUAUGGUCAGGGGAGUGACUAUUCUUUUCCGGAGACUGAUCUAGUUAUCCUGUCUGAUUCGUUCAUUCUUUCUCCGCUGUCACUCCGGUCACAAAACUAGAAGGGUCUCAUCAAAUGUAUUAUGCCUGAUAUUUUUGUCCUUUUCGCAAAAUGUUGAGUUAAUAGAAGCAGGAAUUAGUUGUUUAUGUAAAGAAAUGAGUUGUACAUUAUGACAUUAAAAACCACAGCAAUUAAAUCAAUUUGGCCUUGAUAAUUAUUUCUAA